AUGGGGCCGCGGCACCUGCUGCUGCCGCUGCUCCUGCUGCUGUCCCUGCAGCUCCUGGCCCUGCUGCUGGCCGCGCAGGCGGCCGGGCCCCCCCGCGCCAAGGGCAACCGGACCCAGGGGGCGGCGGCGCCGCGGCGGACCCCGAAGCCGGGCAAGGAGCUGCUGAACCAGACGCUGGCGGGUCCCGGGGCUGCGGCCCCGACGGCGCUGCCCGGCCGCGGCAAGGGCGCGGGGAGCGGCAGGACGCCCUCCGGCGGCGGGGGAGGCGGCGGGGGCUCGGCCCCGGCGUACGAGACGUGCUGGGGGUACUACGACGUGAGCGGGCAGUGGGACAAGGAGUUCGAGUGCAACAACAGCCUCACGGGCUUCCGCUACUGCUGCGGCACCUGCUUCUACCGCUUCUGCUGCAACAAGCGCGCCGAGAAGCUCGACCAGAGCCUGUGCCGCAACUACAAGAGCCCCGAGUGGGCCCACCCCACCACCGCCAGCGGCGUGCUGCCUGCCGACGGCAGCGACGGCGCCGAUGGGGACGCCAACAAAUACGACCCGGACAAGGACAGCACCAACGCCACCGUCUACAUCUCGUGCGGGGCCAUCGCCUUCGUGCUCAUCGCCGGCGUCUUCGCCAAGGUGGCCUACGACAAGGCGCGGCGUCCACCCCGGGAGAUGAACAUACACAGGGCUCUGGCUGACAUCUUAAGGCAGCAGGGACCAAUCCCAAUAGCACACUGUGAAAGAGAGACUAUCUCGGCCAUAGAUACCUCCCCCAAAGAAAACACCCCAGUCAGGACAUCCUCCAAAAACCAUUACACUCCUGUGCGCACCUCCAAGAGUAACCCAGGUCCCUAUGGAAAGGAUAUUUAUCGAAGUGGAGGGCCAGAUCUCCAUAAUUUCAUCUCCUCCGGGUUUGUCACAUUAGGAAGAGGACACACGAAGGAUGACCAAGAGCAAAAUUAUAAUCACCUGAUACUAAACAGUGCCACCCAGACACCUACACAUGACAAGCCACGAAUGAACAACAUCCUUACUUCUGCCACUGAACCCUAUGACCUGUCCUUCUCCCGGUCCUUCCAGAACCUCUCUCACCUCCCACCAUCCUAUGAGUCUGCCGUCAAGACAAACCCAAGUAAAUAUUCUUCUCUGAAGAGACUAACUGACAAAGAGGCUGAUGAGUACUACAUGAGGAGGAGACACUUGCCCGACCUGGCAGCCCGGGGCACGCUCCCUAUCAACGUCAUCAAAAUGUCUCAACAGACCAACCAGAGGGACAGGCCCCGCCGUCCCAUCAGGGCCAUGUCCCAGGACAGAGUGCUGUCUCCUGAGAGGAUCAUGCCCGAGGAGUUUAGCAUGUCCUAUGAACGGAUCCUCUCAGACGAGCAGCUCCUGUCCGCAGAGCGCCUCCACUCCCAAGACCCGCUGCUCUCCCCGGAGCGGUCGGGAUACCCUGAGCAGUCUAUGUCUCGGGCAUUGUCACACACAGACGUCUUUGUAUCAACACCUGUCUUGGAUCGCUACAGGAUGACAAAAAUGCACUCCCAUCCUAGUGCCUCAAAUAACUUGUACAAUACCUUAGGUAUGAACCCAACCUCCGCCAAGCGCCAAGCAUUUGCCUCCCGACGGCACAACACGGUAGAACAACUGCAUUAUAUUCCAGGACACCACCAUCACUACCGCACAGCGAGCAAAACUGAGGUGACUGUUUGA